CUUUCUCGUCCAUCUCCGCCUUUGAAGAUCUCAUGUCCCGACGCGACGGACGAAAAAGAAAUGACUUGCGCGAUUUGAUUGUCGAUUUUGACAAUUUAGCUCGCGUGGAUGGGUCUGCACGGUUUGGCUUCGGACCCGAAUAUCUAGCACUGGCGACGCUCUCAGGACCCAUUGAAGCUCGCCUAUCUGCCGAAAAUCCCUCAAAAGCUACGCUGGACGUUCAUUUGCGUCCACUUUCCAACGUUUCAGCGACGGAAUCCAAAUCACUAGCAUCCGCCAUCGCUUCUGCUUUAACACCAUCCUUACUCCUCACCCAAAACCCUAGGACGCUCAUCCAGCUGGUUGUCCAGGCCCUCAGCUCACCGUCGAAAUCCUGGAAAGACGGUCUGACAGCAACGAUGAUCAAUGCCAGCACGCUCGCCUUUCUCAAUGCUGCUUCUAUACCGAUGAAAGGCAUAGUUUGCGCUGUCACCGUUGGCCGGUUGGCUUCGUCGAAGCAAUUCGUCAUCGAUCCAUCCAGCGAAGAGGCAGCACUUUUAGAUGCGGGCGGAUGCUUCGCGUUCCUCUUUGCUGACGGACUUGAAGAGCGCGUCAAGUGCGUUUGGACCAAUUGGCGGUCAUUUUCAGGUGGGUUUGAUGAGAAAAACUUGGUACAGGCAAGAAACGUUGCUUCCGAGUCGGCAAGGGAGGUCUGGUCGAAGAUGAAGCUAUGCGUACAUUGUAGGGAACAGCCUGGCUCGAAACCACACGCUGGAGAGAAAGAUGGAGAAGAUUCUGAUGACGACAAGAUGAUCAUCUGAAUUGCACACCAGCUCACCCUUUUAUUCUGAUGUAUUCUGAUGUUGGUAGUCUGAAAGAUUGGGGACUCGCUUUGUCGCGUGCUGCAUGGAGCAGUAACAAGGAGGACUUCCGUGGUUUUUGUCAGUCCGGAUUGCCUUUGAGUCGUAGGAUUUAUACCCAUUUGACGUAGGCUAAGGUGGAUAAGAAAUGCAAUAGAUAUCGAAUAUGUCUGCAUGCUAG